AUGAAAUCGACGUGUUGUCUACCUGUGAUUUCUUCACGGAUUCUAUGCUAUCGACAGUUCUAUAAGCAUGUACGAUCGGUGGAUUCAGACGAGUCUAACCGGAAUUCUACGACUGAGAGAACGCGUCAUGCGUACCGAACAGUAUCGCCGUGGCAAACCAAGGCCGAGCUUAUUGAUGAACUGAAGUCCAAUAUUUUGCAUUUAGACGAGAACAUGGUUGUGUUGAAUAAACCCUACGGCCUCCUGAAUUAUGGUUAUCCAGCUACAAGAGCCGACCGUGCGAAGAAUUACGCUCUCUACAUGGGUGUUGCGGCUGCCGAUCGAUUCCAUCUUCAUGGAUGCAUUCCUGAAUUGGAAAACAUCACUGGGCUUGAGAAUCUGAAAAUAGCAAGUACCAUUGACCGUUUCUGUUCGGGGCCCGUUAUCCUCUGUACCCCGUCUGGGUCAGAACAAGUCGAGAAAUUAAAAUCUGCUGGGAAUCUUCGUCGCUCAUACUUGGCGUUGACGGUCGGUGCACCAGUACCCCCUACACGAGAUACAUUCGGGUUCGUUGUGCGGAUGGACCCUCUGCAGACUAAUCGUGACCUAACCGCAUUUACAGCCUUUUCUUCGCAGCCUGUCAUCAGUUUCGAUUACCCGAAACGGCGAGAGAAUCGCUUGAAGGAAGGGAUGAUCUUCGUUAAGUGCUCAUAUGCGACCUUGUCGAGCCGUCACGGUGCUGCCGUUGUCCGACUUCAAAUUUCGAAAAGUUCGAAAAACAGUAUCCGCUUGAUCACAAGCCAUAUGCUGUCACCUAUUUUGGGUGAUCACAUAUUCGGGGCGAGAGUGAAACAUAUUUUGGGAGUCCCGGUUCCGGUGUCUCCGCGGAACCGAGCCUCAGAGGGUCCUCAGAAUAGGAAAGUCUUGCUCGGUUUAGCGACAUCUGCUGUAAAUUUGAAAAACGCGUACAGUGUUGUUUCGGAAGUGGCCGUUGCUGCAUGUGCGCUGCGAAUGAGCCGUGGGUCACCUCAGUCAAACCAGAGGGGCGUUGGGACUCAGUUGAGGAUAAGGAGCGGUAGAAUAAUGUGGUUGUUUGUAGGAUCAGUAAAGUCGCGAUUUCUCGCCGUCACCUGGGACAAAUGCAACCUAGAAUGUGUGCCCCUCACUGGAAGCUCGUCUCCUCGGGCUAGCGACGGCCACCCCUGUGGUCACAGUUCCUGUGGAGUGAUUCCUGCUGACACUUCCGACUUGGUGGGCGGAGGCUCGGGCUGCGAGCACUGGAAGGUCUUCCAACACGGGGAACUUCGGCUGCAAGUGUUGUUCCUCUUCUCCUGGAGGAAGAAAUGA